UCUCUGGUGGCUGACAUGGGCUUUGAGAGAGGGGACAUAGGUAAUUGGUCCAUGUCCAUCUGGUGCUUCUGUUUCGCCGUGACCCUCAUCAUAGUCAUGGUCGAGUUAUGGAGGCUCCCUUCCCGCUUCCCUUUCUACUGGUACAACUUCCCCGUCACCUAUGCCUGCUACGCUGCCCUCGUCUGCCUCUCGACCUCCAUCAUCUACUCCAUCACCUACGUCCAAUUCCUGCUUUAUGGUCCUUCCCGGGACCGGGCCAUCGCUGCCACUGCAUUCUCCUGCAUUGCGUCUGUGGUUUACGCCAUGGAUGUGGCCUGGGUAUGGGAUUGGUAUGAUCUUGAUGAUAUCACCUGCUAUGUGCACACCCUGCCAGGCCUGCUGAAGGUGCUGGAGACCUUCGUGGCUGGUGUCAUCUUUGCCUUCCUCAGCAACACCUCCCUGUACCUGCACCAGCCGGCACUGGAGUGGUGUGUGGCCGUGUACUCCAUCUGCUUCAUCCUGGCAGCUGUGGUCCUCCUGCUAAACCUGGGUGAACGGGAAUACAGACUGCCGAUCUCCUUCCCCAUUUUCCAGCUUGUGCUCACCACGCUCUCCGUCCUCCUUUAUAUCAGUGCUCUGGUCCUCUGGCCACUCUACCAGUUCUACGAGGAGCUCGGCGGGCAGCCCCAGAGGUCCAGUGAUGGGGACUGCAGGGACGAGCUCACCUACGACAUGUGCACCUGGGACCAGCGACUGGCUGUGGCCGUCCUGACAGCCAUCAACCUGCUGGUUUACGUGGCUGACCUGGGGUACUGGGCCCGCCAGGUCUCUGUAGGGACUGAGGAUUAGCCCAGGGACUCCUGAUCCUCUGCUCACAAAAGGUAUUCUCACCGAGCUCUGACGUCUUCUGAUGUCC